AUUCACGCAGCAGCAGCAGCAGCAGUAGUAACUGUGAGACGAUGUUUAACAGACGCAGGCCGUGAAAUGAAAGAAAGCAUUGGGUUUUGCAGGGUUUUAACAGCGCAGGAAUAAAUCAAAACCACAAGAGUUAAAGAAAAAUAUGGUUUUAUUUCUAUACGCGGCGGUUUUUGCCUUUAUUUCCUCAGUUACAGCAGCAGGAGGCGGCGACGAUGACUGGGUUCAUCUGCCUAACAAAUGCGAAGUCUGUAAGUUUGUUAGCAUCGAGAUGAAGUCAGCGUUUGAAGAGACGGGGAAAACCAAAGAGGUGAUCGACAGGAACUAUCAUUUCAUUGACAGCAAGGGGGCGCCACCCCUCAGAUAUGUCAAAUCGGACCUGAGGUUCAUCGAGGUGGUGGAGAACGUUUGUCAGAGGCUGCUGGAAUACAACCUGCACAAGGAGAGGACCGGCAGCAACCGGUUUGCUAAGGGCAUGUCGGAGACCUUCUCCACCCUCCAUGGUUUGGUGAACAAAGGUGUGAACGUGGUGAUGGACAUUCCCUAUGAGCUUUGGAACGAGACGUCAGCCGAGGUGGCAGAUCUGAAGAAACAGUGUGAUACAUUAGUGGAACAGUAUGAGGAAGUGAUCGAGGACUGGUACAAAGGAAGUCAAGAAGAAGACCUGACCACAUAUCUGUGUGAGAAACAUGUUCUCAAAGGACAAGAUGCAGACUGUCUGAAAGAAGAUUGGUCAAGAAAGAAAAAAGGCGACCAUGCUGCUAUUGCAGAGGACAAGAAGAAGAAGAAGAAAAAGGGUGGAAAGAAAAAGAAGACUGGAGGAGAUGAAGGAGGCUCUGAGGACGAGAAGGUGGCCAAGAAGAAGAAGGAGAAGAAGGUGAAGAAGAAGAAAAAGAGCAAAGCGUCUGUGGAGACAGAUGGAGAGGUACGCUCUGAGGAUGAUAUCCAACCGCAGGUUCCUUUGUCUGAGCAGAAGGUGGAGCUCUAAGCUUUCAUCUGUGGCUGCUAUGAACCCAAGCUCCUGGAUCAGAUCAUCUGAACUUUAUCUCCUGGAUUAGAUCAUCUAAGCAUGAGAUGUUGAAUCACAUCAGAACCUGAGCUCUCGGAUCAGAUGCACUGAGCCCAUGUUUUUGAAUUUGUGAAUUUGAUGUCUCUUGAGCUUCUCGAGAAGAUAAUCUAAAAUUACCUCCUGGAUUAGGCUUUUGCAACAAAGAGUUUUUGGAUUAGGUGACUUGAUUGUGAAUUAUAGCAACAUUUGUUACAUGAUUCAUACUUUUUAUAUAUAUUUUUUGGUCAAACAUUUUAAACAGGUUUUUCAGAGAGAUUUGAAGACAUAUGUCCUCACUUCUACAGAUUUGGAUAAAAAAAAAACUUAAAUAUAAAUAACAUUUGUUUUGGCAGAGCAAAAAACAAUGUUUUCUGUAUUAAUUCAACUAGAAAUCAAGAUUUUAUCAACCUAGUUUUCUCCCCUUUUUUGUUUGGGGUUUUCUUGAAUAAUAUUUUACCGGUCAUGAACCGGUAACUCUUACAGUAAUUCUGUUAUAAGUCCUCUUUGUUUUUCAAUCUGUGUUUAUGGAUUUUUUUAUAUUGCCAGCAGAAACAUUCUCAGUGUUUUCAGUUAGGCAGAAAAGACACGUCAGGUACACCAGAGUUAAAUAAAUUAUUUUGUGUUAGCUGUAAACUCCCUGCUAGAAACAGUGUAUGUUUAUGUCCGUCUGCGUAUGCUAGUAUUUGGCUUUUGUGCUGAAAAUACAUUUUUUGUGAAUCUUUGUUUGCUCUGAUUUUAUUUGUAUAUUGUAUUGUUUUUCCCCACAGUGUUUUUUAAUUAUGUUUUAGGUUAAAAUGCUGGACAGCAGUUGUGAAUUAAAUGAAAACAUAUUUUGAAUCAAACAACUGA